AGCUAAAAUAGUCUCUUUUUUACUUAAAGAGAUAAUUACAAAGUAAGAUUUUAUUUUUAUCUUUUUUUUUUCUGUCAAUGUGAUAGCUAAUCUGUUAUGGAACCAAUAAUAACAAAUCUGAUAUGACUUAAUCUUUUUCAUCCAUUAAAAAUAUUUUGACACGUGACAUGAUUUUAAAUUUUUAUAAUUUAUGGUGUAAACACCGGUACUCAUGCAAAAAGUGAGAAGUGAGCGAUACUCAGUGUGUUCCGUCCUGUUCUUACUUCCCACUUUUUGCAUGUGGACUGGAGACGUGAAAUGCCAAGUUUCUACCAUAUGCAACUCCACUGAGUAUCGCCUUCUAUCCGGCCUAACCUUCCAGACACCCAUAAAUUCGCCACCGGCGCUCAAUGGACAACCAUCAUCAGACUCUAAAAUGGCGAUGCAAUUGGAGCCGUGGAACAGCCUCACCAACAAGGUUGUCCUAGUCACGGGUGCCUCCUCCGGCUUAGGCCGCGAGUUCUCUCUCAGCUUGGCCAAAGCCGGAUGCCGGAUAAUCGCAGCCGCUCGCCGCGUCGACCGGCUCAGGGAACUCUGUGAUGAGAUCAAUCGCCACGAUUUUCACUCCUCCGAACCUGACAGUACUGUCGGUCGCCGAGCUGUCGCUCUGGAGCUCGACGUCUGCGCUGACGGUGCCACCAUUGAGAGGUCCGUACAGCAGGCUUGGAACGCGUUUGGCAGGAUCGAUGCUUUGGUUAAUAACGCUGGGGUUAGAGAAAAUGUGAAGACAUCUCUGGAAUUAUCUGAGGAGGAGUGGGACCAUGUUUUUAAGACUAAUUUAAAAGGGUCAUGGUUGGUGUCAAAAUAUGUCUGCAUUCGAAUGCGUGAUUCGAAUCGAGGGGGAUCAGUGAUCAACAUUUCAUCCAUUUUGGGCGUUAAUCGUGUGCAAUUCCAUGGGAGUGUUGCCUAUGCUUCUGCAAAGGCAGGUGUAAACGCCAUGACAAAGGUCAUGGCUUUGGAAUUGGGGGUGCAUAACAUCAGAGUGAAUUCAAUAUCACCUGGAAUUUUUAAAUCAGAGAUCACAGAUGCUCUUAUGCAGAAAGACUGGUUGAGAAAUGUGGUUUGGAGGACUGUCCCUUUAAGAACAUCUGGCACCACUGAUCCAGCAUUAACCUCGCUUAUCCGAUACCUAAUCCAUGAUUCUUCUGCAUAUGUGUCUGGCAACGUGUUCAUUGUUGAUGCUGGGACCACAUUGCCUGGCAUACCAAUUUUUUCUUCCCUUUAAACAUGUGUUACACAAUUGUAACCGUUCAAGCAAAAAAUAAGUGUCAUGUUAACAGUUCUUGAAUAGUGUUUUGUGAAAGUUCUUUUUAUGAAACUUGUAUUUUGAUAAUUUUAGUAUCAGUUGAAUGCAUUUUAUGCGUACGAUUAACGCAACUUGC